UGUGUUUUGUAUGGGAAUCUCUCUCUCUCUCUACAAUGGAGGAAGAGUACUCAAGCCCCACUCUUUCUAAGGUCAAUGUUGAUCAAAAUGGUAAACGACUUAUUUUGCCAUCUGGGUAUACGUUUAGCCCUCGAGACUCGGAGCUUGUGGUUCACUAUUUGAAGAAGAAGAUACUCAAUCAAGAGCUUCCUGCUAAUAUUAUUACCACAAUUGAUGUCUACUCUUAUGACUCCCCAAAUCAACUUCCUCUUAGUGAAUUCAAGUAUGGGUUGCCAAAUGAGUGGUUUUUUUUCACUACAAGACCGCCACACAAUCUCCUUCUCACAAGCAAUGGUGGUGGUUGGAAUGAAUUGGCUGACGAAACAGUAGUUGACAAUGAUAAAGUCAUUGGAUACAAGCGAAGGCUGGCUUUCUAUUUUGCAAAGCCACUUCAAGAGAUGGAGACUGAUUGGUUCAUACAUGAAUAUAGAGUCAGCCCUGCCAUUUUUGCACCUGAUGAACUUAUUGAUAACACCAUUAAAGACAAGAUAUCAAAUUUUGUAGUGUGUAAAGUUUGUUAUAAAGAGAAAGAUCCCAGCAUGGCAUCAAGUGAUAGCAGCACAGAUUCGGACCAAGGAAAAGACAGAGAAGUAGAAAAUAUUGAAUGUUCAAUCCAUACAAAAGAAUGAAUAUUCUAUUUUUAUUUAAAUUCAAGAUUCAAACACAGUGAUAAUGUACAAAUAGUUAGAAGCCUAUUUUUUUCUUUUUGAACAUUAGUUUUUCUAUUUAUUUAAACAAUAUCUUUUAAAACGAAAAUGUGUUUAGUUUAGAUGUGUGUUUUUUUAAGUUCCAAACUGCUAAUAGUGUACCAAUGCCACAUAUUCAGUUCAC